AUGGACUCUUUGUCUUUAAGAGAAACACAAAAUAUGGAAAAAAGCAAAAAAACUGAAGAAAUUACAGAAAAAAAUAUUGAGACAGGAUUAUCUGAAUUAGAAACACGUGCUUUAACUCAAGAAAACUCUAUAACGCAUUUAUCUUCUCAUUCAACUAUGAUACCAAAUGUUUCAUUAUCGGAAUCUAUUGAUACGAACGUAUUACCUUUGAGAGAGACAAUAGCAACAAAUAUACUAUCGCAAAAUAAUGUUAUUUCUACCGUUCCUACACGAGUUUAUUUAAAUGAAAAUAUAACACCUGUACUUUUGGAAGGUAUGAAAAUGAUUGCAAGAGAAAGACCACCCAAUCCAUUACAAGUGCUUGGCGAAUAUUUAAUUAGUAAAAGUAAAAAAUAA